CAAUGGGAAAACAGUCCAGUCUUCAUCAACCGUUCGGCCUUCCACAUAACUAAAAACACUCUAGGCUUCUUCCAUCCCGUCUUCUUCAUUCAGCACCACUUUACACCCGAAACAGGGAACGAAAGGAUUGAAUCGCUCACGUUGGCGACUUCACUUUUGGUCGGCCAAAGGCAGAUGUGCCGCUUUUAAGUAGAUGGAAUGUCGUGAAUGGAGGUGGAGGAGGUUGUUCUCCUUUGAAAAUUGUUUUAGUUUUGCAGAAAUUCUGUCGUCGCCCACUCAAUUGUGUUUGUUGUCGUGAAUGGUUGUUGAUUUUAUUUGGGGAAAUAUUAGAUGUCAAUGUUAGUCGAGGCCGCGGCGAGGCUAACUGGAGAAGGUUGAGGAGUUGUGAUGACUCUAUCGAGACCGGCUCGGUCCUCAAGUCUUAAUCAUAAUUAAUAUUGGGAUUAGUUGUUUGGUUUAUUUUUUGCACCGCUGUUACAGAAGCUUCUAGUGCUUCUCUGUUUUUUACUUUUCUCUCCCUUUAUCUGAUGUAUAAAUAUACACAUUGCUAUUUCAAUAAAUGACACACAGCACACAGUGCGUUGCAUGCCUCUGAUACGUGUUAAUUCUGUUGAGAUUUCUCUGAUAUUUAUCAUGGUAUCCAGAGCCUAACGGUCAUCUUCUCCUUCUUCAUCACCCUUCUUUGCUUCUGCUGCCAUGGGUGAUGAAACUGAUCCCUCUUUUAAUGUUCACCAUUUCUUAUAUCUCCAUCCCAAUGAAAAUCCUGCCCUGCCCUUAGUCUCUCCUUUACUCGAUUCCACCAAUUACCAUUCUUGGAGCAGAUCUAUGCUCACGGCUCUUAGUGCUAAGAACAAAGUGGAGCUCAUUGAUGGAAGCACUCCACGGCCAUUAGCUUCUGAUCGACUCUCUGGAGCUUGGAAGCGCUGCAAUAACAUGGUCGUCUCUUGGCUUGUUCAUUCGGUUUCUUCAUCCAUCAGGCAAAGCAUCCUUUGGAUGGACUGUGCAGAGGAAAUUUGGCGCGAUCUCAAAUCUCAGUACUCACAGGGUGAUCUUCUUCGCAUUUCCGCUUUACAGCUUGAAGCCUCUUCUCUAAAACAAGGUGAUCUCACUGUCAUCGAUUAUUUUACUCAGUUGAGGGUUAUUUGGGAUGAACUAGAAAAUUUUCGGCCAGAUUUGGUCUGCAUUUGUGGGGCACAAUGUACUUGUAAAUUGUCUUCAACCCUUGCUCAACGUAAAUUGGAAGAUCAGGCUAUGCAAUUUCUUCGUGGUCUAAAUGAUCAGUAUGCUAAUGUGCGCUCUCAUGUUUUGUUGAUGGAUCCUCUACCUCCAAUCAACAAAAUCUUCUCGUAUGUAGCCCAACAGGAAAGACAAUGUUCUAUUCCUGAUAUUUUUCAUGCCGAGACAAAACAAACUUCUAUAAAUGUUGUUAAUGCUCCUACCACUACUACUUCUGCUUGUACAUUUUGUGGACAUUCUGGUCAUACUGAGAGUACAUGUUAUCGCAAACACGGCUUCCCAAAUCAAUCUGAUUCUAAGAUCAGUAAGAAUGUGCCCACUCGUGGAAAGAUUUGUUCACAUUGUGGAAAGACCGGUCACACCAUUGAAGUCUGCUAUAAGAAGCAUGGAUAUCCUCCUGGACACCGCUUCUUCAAUGCCAAAUUCUCCUCUGCUAACAAUGUAUCCCUUAGUGAAGUUCUAGUUGCUGAAAAGGAACAACAUACCAGUUCAGAGAAAUCAGAAAUUCGGUUUACUCCUCAACAAUACCAAGCUUUGUUGGCCUUGAUCCAUCAGCCAUCUCAUACUGCUUCAGCAUCCAGUUCUGCACAUGCUAAUCACAUUGGUUCAAUUUCUUCUUCUACACACACUUCACAUCCCUCAGGAUACAAACACCAAGAUGAAGAUUGGUUCAGUUGAUGUGAAGAAUGGUCUAUACCAGCUUGAUCCUCAGAUUUUUAAUUUCCC